UCUAUUACUCCCCCUCACAGCAGAGAGUAAAUUCCUUAAAAAGUUAUUUUUCUUUCUCGAUGUUCAAUUAGGGUUUUCUUCCCCAAUUCUCUGCCAAAUUAUCCAGUACUCCGUCUGAUGCUUCUCAUGGGCAGUAACAAGCGGAGACAAUUCCACGACCACCGCCAAGACGCCAACAAGAAACACCAGAGCUCACCUUCCUCCUCCACAACAACAUCCAAUCUACAAUCCUCUUCGAAUCCCCAAACUAAACGCCCAACCUUCCCUUCCUAUCUAGACACCCCUAAUCUCCCUCCCAAAGUUAAGCUCCUCUGCGAAAUCAUCGCCAACACCCCUUCUUCCUCUGUCGAAGCCGUCUUUGACGACGCCGGUGUUCGUGUCUCUCAGUCCGAUGUCGAGCAAGUUCUCAAGCUUUCUUACUCAUUCCCUGGCCCCGCCGUUAAGUUCUUCCGCUGGGCCGGUUUUCAGCUCCAAGAUAAUCACAGCCCUUACUCUUGGAAUCUCGUUGUGGACCUUUUAGGUAAGAAUUCUUUGUUUGAUGCUAUGUGGGAUGCCAUUAAGUCUAUGAGACGAGAAGGGUUGGUUUCUUUAGCUACUUUUGCUUCCGUAUUUGGUAGUUAUGUAAUUGCUGGUAGAGUUCAAGAAGCAAUUAUGACUUUUGAGGUUAUGGAUCAAUAUGGAUGUGCUCGAGAUGUCGUUGCUUUGAAUUCGUUAUUGAGUGCUAUUUGUAGAGACGGAAAGAUUGUUGCUGCUGUUGAGUUUUUGCAUGUGGCAAGGAAUGUCAUUAGGCCUGAUGCUGAUACUUACGCAAUUCUUCUGGAGGGGUGGGAAAAGGAAAUGAAUGUGGUUAGUGCCCGACAAACUUUUGGCGAGAUGGUGAGAGAGAUUGGUUGGGAUCCUGUUAAUGUUCCAGCUUAUGAUACAUUUUUGUGUACUUUGCUAAUGGGCUGUGAUGGGUUGAAUGAGGCCAUUGAGUUUUUGCAGAUAAUGAAGGAGAGGAGGUGUUCUCCAGGAAUGAGAUUUUUUAGAGUAGCACUGGAGGAGUGCUUGAAGUUAAGCGAUGUUAAAAGAGCUGGAUUAAUUUGGGAGGCAAUGGUGGCGAGAAAUAGGUUUAUGCCUGAUACCGAGCUGUAUAAUAUGAUGAUAACUUUGCAUUGUUAUGCUAGCAAUACUGAUAUGGCACAAAGGUUUCUGGAUGAUAUGGUUUAUAAUGGAGCCUUUCCUGAUAGUCUAACCUAUAACUUGAUGUUUCAGUUCUUGAUUAAGAGUAGGAAGUUGAAGGAGGCUUCAGUUAUGUUCAAUGAAAUGAUUAAAAAUGAGUGCAUUCCUAAUCAAGCAAAUUGCAGUGCAGCUGUUAGGGUAUAUAUUCAUUCAAAGGAACCUUAUAUGGCGAUCAAAGUCUGGAAAUAUAUGAUAGAGAAUUAUGAAAAGGAGUUGGAGGAGACAGGAAAUAUAUUGGUUGUUGGGCUUUGUGAUUUCCAAAUGGAUCCUGAAGCAGUAAAAUAUGCUGAAGGUAUGAUUGAAAAAGGAAUUAAGGUCACCUCUUCCUCAUUGGCAAAAUUGAAACAGUGCCUUGUUCAAGCAAGAAAGGAUUUUGUGUACGAGGCACUUCUAAAAAAGUGCAAAGCACAUUCAGUAUGUUAGAUCUAGUGUAUCUAAAGAACACAAACAGUGUUAUAGUUCACUGCUGGAUGUUACAGAUUCUGUGUACAGUUUAUGUAUUCUUUUCAUUUGAGAAAAAUGGAUUUUUUUUUUCCGGAC